AUGAAGAAGAAGGAGCAGCUCGAGAAGGGCCUGGCCGAGAUGAAGGAGCUGGGCAUGGGCGGCUUGACCAAGGGCCUCAGCUUCCUCCGGCAGAAGUCGUCGAGCUAUGGCCACCUCGACGAGGAGAAGCCGCCGCUUCCGACGGGCCGCACUAGCAGCUUCUCGACCAUGGCCGACAAGCCAAAGAUGAGCUACGACGAGCUCCUCUCGCUGAGCAUGAAGCUCACCAAGCAGAACCGAGCGUACAAGAGCCAGAUGACGACCGCCUCCGACAAGCUCUUCCGGCUCACCGAGGUCGAGGCCAACUACAACGCGCUCGUAGCGUUCGUCACCGACGACAUUGGUCUCGACGUUGCCUUUGAGCCAGCGACCGAGGUCGACGAUGCACCGGUCGCCAACGAAGACGCAAGCGCCGACGCGCCGCCGCCGCUUUCCGCCGAAAAGGUCCUCGACACCUCAGCCAUGCGGGCGCAGUACCAUUCGCGCGACGCUGCCCGCGAGCACCACGUGCGCGAAAUGGAGACCCUCUACGUGCAAGAGAUCGCCAACUUGAAGGCGCAGCUCGAGCACCUGCGGCCAGCGUCGCCAAAGGACGAUGCGAGCAGCAACACCGAGGCUGUCGUGUCCAUCGACGCCACGCUCCGGUUCGAACUCGAGACGCUCAAGUCGAGUCUUGCCAUGGAGCGCCGGCUGCGCGACGAAGCCGACAAGACGUGGCAGUCCAAGGUUAGCGAGAGCGACGCCGCCAAAAAAUCCCUCCAGGACGCACUGGCCAAAGCCCAGCAGACGGCCACGUCCCUCGCGACCCAGCUGACGGCCGCCGAGGCGACCGCAUCUUCGUAUGCAGUCGACAUUCUGGCGCAGAUCACGGCCAACGCGCAGCGAGAAGAAAGCCUCUCGGUGCUCAAGCGGGAGCUCCAAAAUCAGACGCAAUUGACGCAGACGAUCGACGCACUUGAGCUCAACUUGCAGCAGAAAGGCGCCGACAUGGACCUGCUGAGCCAAACCGUCGUGCGUCUCGAAGCCGACGUGGCGGCCAAGACAACCGAAAUGGCCAGGCUCGCGGCCAAGCUCGAGACUGCCGAGCGGGAACGGGACCAGCUCCAGGACCUCGCCGACACGGCCAUGGCCAAGCACACGCACUUGGAGGCCGAGUUACGCGACUUUCGCAGCGUCACCAGCGCCAAGUCACAUCUCGAGUCGGAGACCACCAGCCUCCGUGCGCAGCUCGCUGUCGCUGAGCAAAAGGCGGCCGACGCGACAAAGGAGGCCAGCGCCGUCGCCGCUGUCUUGGCCGAUGCGCGUAAAAACUGGUCUGAGCAAAACGCACUCGCGACGCGACUCGCGGCCGAGAACCAGCAGUAUGCCGAGACGUGCGCGGGCCACGCAGCCGAGGUCGCGCAGCUGCAGCAGCAGCUAUCGCAGCGCCUCAGUCGCUACAAGGCAGUCUCGGACGAGCUCGCCGAAGCCAAGUCGCUGCUGCAGACGCAAACGCUCGAGUUUAAAGAUGCGCAGACGGCGGCGACGGACGAGGUUGCGACGCUCCGCGCCCAGGUCGCGACCCAAGAGACAGCCUUCCUCGCCAUGCAAACGUCGCUCACCGCGUCAGCGGCGGCCGAUCUAAACGCGCUUCGAACGUCCCAUGCAGCCGAAGUCGACCGACUGGAGAGCGAUGCACGCGCCAAGUCGAAACUGGCGCGGCAGCUCGUGCUGGAAAAGGAAGAGCAGGUAGCGUCACUCUCGGCGCAGCUGGCCCAGCUCGAGCACGACGUCAAGUCGGGCGACGCCGACCAUCGGCGCAUCUUUGAGCUCGCCAACGUCCAAGCCCAGCGGGACGCGAUGCAGCGGUCGCGGGACUCUGAAGUCGCCGAGCUCAGUAACGCCGUCGCGACCAAGCAAGCCGAGGUCGAGAGUCUCAAGGGGCAGAUCAAAAUCAUGGAAGACGAAAUCGCCGUGCUCGUGCGCACCGAGCGCCGCGAAGGCGUCAACAUGGAGUACCUCAAGAACGUCGUCGUGCAGUUUAUGAGCUUUCGCCCGGGCUCGAGCCAGCAAGCCAAGCUCAUUCCAGUGCUCUCGACGCUGCUUCAGUUCUCACCACACGACAUGGACGAGGUCCGCGCCGCCACCAAGCGCUCGACCGCAUGGACGUCGUGGGGCGUCGAAACGAAGAUCAUCAAGUCCAUUGUGCCUCCGCCCGCGAUCCUCAUCCCGCGUACCAAGGGUCCUCGGCCGGGGUCCCCCCGGGGGGGCCGGAGCCCCCGCUCGAGCCCGCGCGGCAAGGCAAGGUCCCCCAAGCACAACGAGACGCCCAUGAUGCUACCACACCACAGUAGUGAUAGCAUCGACCUGUGA